AUGUCAAUAAGGGGACGUAUAACUCAAAACAGUGCACAUUUUGUUUUUUCUUACCACAUUUUUNAUGGAGUUACGUCCUUUAGAACUUCCUCGGCAGCCGAAAACAUCAACGAUUUUGCUGAUGGAGUGUUUUUAAACGAAGUUAUGGUCGAAAUAGAUCCGACCUACUUCACGCUUACAAGAGUACACCAAAAUGUCGACGGUGAUGUCAAUGUUCGAAUACAAAAUCUAGAUUUUCUGGUCCGUCACCUGAAAGAGUUUUACCAGGAAAAAUUACAGCAGCUGGUUUUGAUGAGAGCACCAGAUGUGGUAGCUAUCGCUCACUGCCCUGACAGUGAUGUAGGACUUCAGGAGCUUGUUAAGCUGCUGCUCUUGAUGCUUGGAUGUGCUGUGCAGGUAUUUGAUAAUAUUUACUAUAAUUUAAUAUAUAAAUGUUUUUACUUAAUUAAGCUAAAUGAUAUUGACAAAUAA